AUGGCGGAGCAGGUCGUUCCUGUCCUCAGGCCGAUGGAGGCCAAGAUGCAUGAGGCAAGCGCCAUCACGGCAUAUGGCGAUCUAGAACCUGCAAGGCAGGCAUGCGAUCUGGCUGAGGGCUUUAUCACCAAUGCAUGCAAAUUAAAUCCUCUUCUAAGCCAAGAUGAUGGAGUGUUCAUGUUAAAGAUGGAUGCCAUGUUCAGGAGAUGUGAGCUGAGUGUAGCGCUUGGAAACUGGCAGGAUGGGCUUUCCAUCAUGAGAGAGGUCAAAGAAAUGUUGACAAAUUCUGGAGAAAAUGGCAAGAGCUUGGCGCGAAAGUUUGGAGUUCUGGCGGUUGUGCAAACUGUCCUGUCGCAGUAUUUAAUUGUCUGGCAACAGUAUAACUUCGGGAUUGCAUGCAUCAGCAGAGACGAAGAGUCUCUUUCUACUGAAGAAAAAGAGAGGGCUCUUGUAUGGGCUCGGCAGUCUGCAGAGUUGUUUGCACGAUCAUCCCCUGCUGAGCACGCUCGGGCACUGGCACUUAUAGCAAACAUUCAAAUCGCUUCAGGUAUGGACUUUCAAGAUGCCUUGGACAAUCUUGUGAUCGCCAACGAAAUUGCACCGAACAUCACGUUUCUUAGUCUUCAAGUGGAGUCAGAAGUGUUCUUGAAGCCGAAUUUUCGACCAAAAAAUAUCUCGAUUCUAGAGAUACGGAUCAACAAUGCAAGGAUUGAUAUGUGCAACAAAGGAUUUGAGAUGCUUUCUGCCAUAUACGUGAACGACCAAGACAAAUGGGAAAAAGUCCAGGCGAUAGAGUGGCGCAAAAAGGCAAUCAAUUUUGCAACUCAGGCACAAACUCAAGAUAUUAGAAGACAAAUUGUUCGCAUAGCUUUGCGGGCUGGAGCAAUAGAAGUUGCACGAUCCUACAUUUCAGACAUCCAGAGUGACAACAACACUGAAGAGGGACUUUUCCAAAACCAUGUCCUGGAGCUACAGCUGGAAGCAAAAUCCGGUGACGUUUUGAUUGAUCCAUGCACUCAAGUAUUGAAAGCGCUGACAGGAAACGUGAAACAAACUUAUGACAUGAUUCAAAAGCUUUCCGAUAGCAAUUAUGAUCCCAACCUUGCUGCAGAAGCACUCAACUCAGCUUGUGUAGAAGCAGUCGAUAAUGGAAGUACGGAGAUUGUUCAGAAGUGUUUGGAAAUUUUCAUCGAUAAUAUCGUGAAAGUCAAUCCUCCAGGCAAGAUAUCGAAUGUGAAAGUGGACAAGAUUUUUCUGAAUCUGAUUAAGUUCUGGAAAUCUGAAAACGAAACAGCAGAUCACGGGAAAGUGGUCCGUUACCUGAAGGUAAAGAUCCACAUGCUACAGAUUCGCAAAUGGGAUGACUGA